CCCAACCCCCUUCGUCACUGGUCGACAGCUGGUCGGUCUUCUCUAACCGCCAGUCUUUAGCUCAAGCCUUGGUCAUCACCGGACAAGGCUCAUCUCGCCAGAAGCAUCCACCAUGUCGUCGGAGAAGGAUAUGAAGGUCGACGAGAAGCUCGGCGUCGUGCACGCCCCUUCCAUUGACGAGUCGUUGGAGAGCGAUCCCAACAAGAUCAUUGUUGGCUCUGAGGGUGUCACCCAAGGAGAGUUCGACACUCUUCGCCAUGUAUCAGACUCGUUCCCUUUGGCUGCAUGGUUGGUCGUCAUCGUUGAAUUUGCCGAGCGAUGGACGUACUACGGUACCGCCAACCUUUUCAACAACUACAUUCGUGCUCCUCUCCCUCGAGGUUCUACGACUGGUGCCGUUCUUCCAGAGGAUCGGGAUUCGGGUAUCGCUGGUGCCCUCGGUAAAGGCCAGACCACCUCUUUCUCUAUCCGAACAUUCAACACUUUCUUCGUCUAUGUCACCCCCUGGCUUGGAGCCAUCAUUGCCGACACUAUGUGGGGUCGCUACAAGACGAUCAUGGUCUUCUCUCUCAUCUGCCUGGCCGGUCACGUUAUUUUGGUUGGUAGUGCUGCUCCAAGUUCCAUUGCCAAUGGUGAUGUUGCGCUCGCCCUCCUUGUCGUCUCGAUCGUUAUCAUCGCCAUCGGUGCUGGUUCUAUCAAGGCCAACGUAUCCCCCAUGAUCGCUGAGCAGUACACUGGCAAGUUCCGAAAGACGACCCUCAAGUCCGGCGAGGAAGUCAUCAUCUCGCCCACCGUCACCGUUCAGCGAGUUUACCUUUGGUUCUAUGCCGCGAUCAACUUCGGUUCUUGCGGUGCCAUUUCAGCCUCCUUCAUUGCCCGUGAUCACGGAUACUGGGUUGCAUGGCUCGUGCCCACCUUGAUCUUCGUCCUUGUCCCUGGUGUUCUGUGGGCCGGAAGGAAGCACUAUGUUGUCACUCCCCCUCGUGGUUCCAUUCUGUUGGAGACUAUGCGCGUUAUCGGUCUCGCCCUGGCACCUGCCUGGUCCGCCAACCCUCUUACGACCAUUCGAAACAUGAAGAAGCCCGGCUUCUGGGACCCCGCCAAACCCAGCCACUACCCUUCUGGACAGGUUCCCGCCAAGAUCACUUGGGAUGACGAGUUCGUCGGUGAAGUUGCUCGCACUGUCGAUGCAUGUGCUGUCUUCCUGUUCCUCCCCUUCUUCUGGCUUUGCUACUCCCAGAUUGACGGAAACUUGUCCACCACCGCCGCUGGUAUGCGAUUGGAUGGCACCCCCAACGAUCUUAUCCAGAACUUGAACCCCAUCGGUAUCAUCAUCAUGGUUCCUUUCUUCGACUUCCUUGUCUACCCCUUCCUCCGUCGCCGCGGUAUCGACUUCACUCCCAUCAAGCGUAUCUUCGCCGGUUUCCUCGUGGCAGGUCUCGCCAUGGUUUACGCCUCCGUCCUUCAACACUACAUCAACACGGGAUCGCCUUGCGACAACAAUGAACCCUCUGCCUGUGAAACUGAGUGGGGUACCCCCAACCCUGCCGACAUCAGCGUCUGGGUCGUCGCUGGCCCCUACCUCCUCGUCGGCAUGUCCGAGAUCUUCGCCUCCAUCACCAGUUUGGAGUACGCCUACACCAAGGCUCCCGCCCGGAUGAAGUCCGUCGUCAUGGCCUUCUCCCAGUUCCAGGUCGCCCUCAGCUCUGCCAUCAACUUCGCCCUCACCGCCGCCAACGCCGAGAAGCACUUCGUGUGGUUGUACGGAAGCUUCGCCAUUGUUGCAUGGGUUAUCGGAAUCAUCUUCUACAUCACUUUCCGCAAGGUCGAUAAGAUGGAGCACAAGCUCAACGCAAUCGGCAAAGGCGAGCGUGCUGGUUUCGCCGAUGAGCAACCAGCCAACCUCGUCACCAAGUCGUAA